AUGAAACAAUUUUUUGUGGUGAUUCAAAGGCUUGCACUCACUAAACAACAGCCUGGUUCCAGUGAUGAAUUGGAAAAUAGAGCAGCUGCAGCCUAUCCCUUUCCGAAUGCGAUUGGAAAUUUGUUGAGUCAUAUUAGUAAUUUAAAAUAUGAAUCUGAUCAUAAACAAUCACUUUCCGAUUUUACAAUACCUAAUCAUGAUGAAAAUAUUAUUGAUGAUGAAUCAAUUAAAUUGCUAGAUUUUUUGAAUAUUGCUCCGAAUGAAAUUGUUUGCCUGAUGGCACUUUUUCUGGAUAAUCGAACAUUGGCUGCACUUUUGAGAUGCUCCUCUCAUGUAAAUGACAUUGUUGAUGAUGAUGAUCAAUUUUGGCAAAUGAAGUGUGAGUCAAUGAUUUUCAAUAGGAAAAUAUUGUCAUCCUAUAGAAAUAGUGUUGCAAGUUAUAAGAAACUUUAUGAAGAGUUUAUAGCUAAAAAACCUUACUAUCAUUUGAAAGAUUCUCUUGAAAAUGUGUUUACUUUUUUAGAGACCAGCGACUGUUCAAUACUUUCCUCAUUUGAUUUUGGAUUGGUUUAUAUAGACCCUAGAGAAUGUGUAGAAUUUGCUGAACUAGAGGACUCUAAUUCAUUACCAAUUGAGGAACAGAGGAGUAUUGAUAUUGUUAGUAAUAAUUUUGUAAAAAUGUUUACAAUGGGAAUUAGGGAGGUUGGUGUUCUUGUGGACGUUUCAAAUUGUAACGAGUUUAAUGAAUCAGAAUAUCACUCUAAAAUAUUCCCAUUCAUUACAGGGAUGGGUAAAAGAGUUGGAUUCAAGGCCGUCAACUUGUUCUUUAUCAAUUACAAGACAAAUAAGGGAAUUAGUGAGCUCACUUCAACUAUUGAAAAAUCUUACAGACCACUUCCUAGUUAUGUUCAAUCAAAACCUUUGAGAGGCUUUAUUCUUGAUAUUGAAAAACAACAACCAAAAGUGGGAGGUACAGAUUUGGUUGCUAAAGUUGCAAUUCUAUCUGGUGGUUUCAACAAAGAAAUGAUUCCAGAGCCUAGAAUUAUUGGAGAUAAUAGAUAUAUUACUUUUAAUUCCUAUUACACAACUCCUCUAUAUUGUGAUGAUAUUAAGCUCACUGAACCUUUAAAGAUUCUACGGGUUCACAUUAACUUACCAAAUUCCAAGUUUCCACUCAAGAGAGACGAAAGUCUAUAUAUUGUACAAGAAACAAGCCCACCAAGGAAAACAAAAAGCUUUACAUGCCAGGUAAUUAGUCUAGGGUUGGAAAUGAAAAAAAGUGACUUUGCACUUUGUGUUGGAUACUCUUUCAAGAUUCUUGUUAGGAUUAAAAGGUUCAUUUCGAAAAUCCAAAUUGUGGAAGACUCUGUUUCUUUGCAAUUGGUGCACAUAUCAAUUUGGACAAUUAUCAAUCUGAAUUGUCUGAAGACAAGAUUAAAAAUGUGA